CACCGCCAACGCUCUACCGCUCACCACCUACACCUUCACGAGAUACCUCAGUCGCCCAUCGCCAUUGAGAAUCUUCCUCUACAACCGCCAAAAUGGUCAAGACUUCCGUGCUCAACGACUGCCUCAAUGCCAUCAACAACGCCGAGAAGGCUGGCAAGCGCCAGGUCCUGAUCCGCCCGUCCUCCAAGGUCAUCGUCAAGUUCUUGACCGUCAUGCAGCGUCACGGCUACAUCGGCGAGUUCGAGGAGGUCGACGACCACCGCAACGGCAAGAUCGUUAUCCAGCUUAACGGCCGCAUCAACAAGACCGGUGUCAUCUCUCCCCGCUACAACGUCCAGCUCAACGACUUGGAGAAGUGGGUUGUCAAGCUGCUGCCGUCGCGUCAGUUCGGCUACAUCGUUCUGACCACCUCGGCUGGUAUCAUGGACCACGAGGAGGCGAGGAGGAAGCACGUUGCUGGCAAGAUCCUGGGUUUCUUCUACUAGAUUGCGCGAUUGAUGUGGGGGAUGCAAUAUACCCGGUGCCUAGGCAGGCAGAUAUGUUUGGCUAGGUAGUCCAUCAUGGCAACGAUAGAACGAAGAAAUGACAAAAACUUCAUGAUCUACGGCAAUACUUGUUUUCAUCAGCCAUGUUGUUGUGUUGCUUUUGACUGUGAUGUGUAACAAUAAACCUCGUUGUUUGAUGUGAGGCUGAUGUUGAAACGCCAGCAUGCGUUAAAAGAUUCUGACUAGGUACCAUUCGUUAUUGGUGUCGAGCUCAUACCUACCACUUCAAGUUUCGGUUGUCACAAUUUCAGUCGAGUAUAUAUUAUCUUCAAGUCACGU